CAGAAAUAGCGAGAUAUAAGCGAGAUGGUCUUCUUCUAAUCAUCAAGCGCAUAAACUUAAUUUACCUCCCUACGUCAUCUGAACGUAGAAACACCCAACAUAAACUUGUACGUUCACUGCUGAGAGGCGUGGGUGGUUCAAACAACGAUGCGUAAUCGUAAUUUCAAAACACCGCUUGUGUGACUUGAAUUCCACUUUACCGGGAAGUGUUUGAAUUAUAAUGGUGUCCGUGGUGGAGGUGUUGUGUCUCUUUUUGGUGGCUGUGUUGUGGGGAUGUACCAAUCCUUUCCUGAAGAGGAGCACAGAGGGCAUAGAGAAUGUCACGAGAUCCAACAAGGUCUUACAGCUGCUGGCAGAAACCCAGUUUCUUUUCCUUAAUUUCAAGUACCUGGUACCAUUCCUUCUAAACCAGUGUGGCUCUUUGGUCUACUAUUUUACCCUUGCCACCACAGAUUUAUCCCUGACCGUUCCUGUGACCAACUCGCUCACCUUCCUUUUCACCCUGCUCACCGGCAAGCUGCUUGGUGAAGAGUUUGGAGGCAAACGUGCUAUCGGAGGAAUGCUCCUCACUAUGGUUGGCAUCACUCUGUGUAUCAUAAGCUCCAUGAGUGACCAAAAAACCACUGGGCAACAGAACAUGACCCGGGGUCCUGUUUGACAUCGGCACACCUCUUAAUUUUUCUCCACUGGGAGUAAUAUCUUGCUAUGAUUCCUCGUGUACCUCCACCAAAUUUGUAAAAGGCCAAGGAAUACAGCAUGAGGACUCGAGCGGAGGGGUUGGGGGUGAGAUUUAGAUUCAGGUGGUCACGCCACAAAGUAGAGGUUCCAAUGCCAGAAUGUGUUUGCUCAAUAUGUCCAGUGCAGAACCCCUUAUGCUAGUUUGUAGAGAGCUGGGUUCAUGUAGGGUUCACAUCAGGGCUUAAUAAGAUUUAUGGUCCCUGUAUAGAAUCCUCUUUAUGUCAGCUUGUAUACUGAAGUAUGCCACCGCCUCCCAGAAACAACAAUUAAAAUAAGGUCAGGGUUGGAAAUGGUUAGAUCUCAACCCAAAGUUUCACUUGGUUCUUUUAAAACAGCUGCCUCCCGUCUUCUCUGGUAUGUUUGGGGAGAGGAACAAGAGAGCGGACAGCAUGUUGGACGACUUGAGAAUGAAGUGCUUUUCUCCUCUUGUGUUUGCAGGUGAUGCGUUGCCAAAGUAGAUAUACUGCUUUUAAUUUCUUAUGUUCUUUGUGAAGGAAGCACAGUAAGGAAUAGAAAUGGGGACAGCCAUAUGCUGGAUGUCUCAUCUUCCUCCUGAAAAUGUGUUUGUGGAAGUUGCACAGUAGAUGGAUGCAGUUUUAUCCGUUAAUAACAACCCUUGAUAAUAUAUUUUUAUUGUCACAGUUAUGUCAACAAUAUAUCCAUUAGACACAAGUACAAGUGACAUUGUUAUUGCGGUAAGACAGUUCAGCUUGUAAUGUUGCUGAUAUUGCAUUAAUAAAUUGUCGAUAUAACACAAUUUUGUAUUUGUUCUGUUUUUCUUAAGUGAUUGACA